AUGCAGCGUCGGGCUCUGAUCCCGCUGUUGCUCGCUGCCCAUGCUCUGGAUCCCCAGUGCCACAACCCUUUGUUCAAGGCGCAUUGGUUCGGGGAGUUUGGCUCCGCCUCCGUGGAGGCGAGAGGCCGCCUCCCGACCUUGAACAGCGAUCCGAUGGUGCACAACGGCCUUAGGUUCUGCCCGGCCUACAACUCGGAGGCAUCGUGCUGCAGCGCCAAGUUUGAGGCCGUGCAAGGCAUGCAUUACGAUUACUUCAGAAACCACAUCUUCCCGUCCAAGCUGGUGCGUGUGAUCCAGCAUCGGGAGUCUGUCAUGCAGGUUAUGGAGACCAACGAGUACAAGGAGGCACCAGACCUUGAGAAGGAGCAGUAUGCUGCGGCUGUGGAGGGGUUUGCUCCUGUGCUACAGCCGGAGCUUCAUGCGGGCUGCUGGUCGGCGCUGCUGACCUACACGGCAGGGAUGAGCUGUUUCGCCUGCAAGCCCGACUGGAUGCUGUACGUUCGCCCGCGCUGUCCUCCCAAAUGCAACGAGGUGAUUCGAGUCAAAGUCCACCCAUCAGACUGUGAUGAGCUUUGGGUCAGCUGCGAGCGUUUUGGCUUCGCGGCAAAGGCUCUCAGACAAGCUCUGCUUGACUCCAUCUUAGCGAAGCAGGCCAAGAUGCCAGUUGAGGACCUGUCCAUGUUUGAGGGCCAGCAGGUCCUCUGCAGCUGGAUGCAUGACCUCGUGGCGCUGCACCCACUCCAGCGCCCCACAGAAGCAGAGAAGGAGGCCACACCCGCCUCCGGCCCAGAUGCGCUGAGCAAGCGCUUGUCCGACAGGAGGCUCCAGUCUGAGAUUGAUGGCGAUACCGGGCUGCGCUUCUUCCAAGUCAUGCACGAGGGCCGCCAGUCGGGCUUCGACGUGACAUGGUCCGGACUCGUAGGCCCCUCCGGGUCGGCGUGUCCUACCUCGGUCGUUGGAGUGCUGCUGACGCUCCUGUGGAACUUCUGCUUUGGGUUUUAA